GAACACAAAUGUUGAUUACAUAAUAACGGAAGCUUGUAAACUACAGUAGUGAACUGGCCUCCAUUGUUGUUGAUUGUUUUAUAAAUUCUAACAUGGGGAAUUAUUUGACCUUUAAAAUGUUCGAAUCUCCUUUAGUAAAAGCUUUUGUAAUUGAUAUGAGCAUUCAAUGGAUACUGGGUACCAUAGCUUCAUACUUACAAACGGAGAAGUUUUUCGAUCUCACUGGAGGUGUAACGUUCUUAUAUUUAACUUGGCAAGUUCUUUCAUGGGCACGACACUACAAUAAUCGUCAAAUUAUACAAUCGUCUUGUGUAACGAUUUGGGCUGUUCGUCUUGCUAUAUUUUUGGUCACUCGAGUUCUUCGUGAAGGUCAAGACAGUCGGUUUAAGAAAGCGCGUAAUAGUCCACCAUUGAUGAUGAUGUUUUGGACUAUCCAAGGUGUUUGGAUAUUUCUACUGCUUCCUACCCUUAUACUCAAUAACAAUCGGAAGAAUCCUUCAUUAAAUUGGAAAGAUUAUUUGGGCUGGAGCAUGUGGACUCUUGGCUUUUGCAUACAAGUAAUCGCAGAUCAUCAAAAGUCUGUAUUUAGAAGUAAUCCAGCCAACUACAAGAAAUACAUUACUACUGGAUUGUGGAGUAUAGUUCGUUAUCCAAAUUACCUUGGUGAGAUAAUAAUGUGGUUUGGUCUAUUUUUACCUGCAUCUAAUGUCAUGCAAGGUUGGCAGCACCUUAGCUUUAUAUCUCCGCUUCUUGUUACAUUUUUUCUCACCAAAGUCUCAGGAAUUCCUUUGCAAGAAGCUCAAGCUGCAAGGCGAUGGCUAAAUGAUAAAUAUUUUCAAGAUACCUAGCCAAAACAUCAAAACUCAUUCCAGGAAUAUGGUGAUGGAUUUAACAAGACUAAUUAAUUUACCUGUAUUGAACUUAUUUCUAAAUUGUCAUUCUUGUUGGUCAUUUUUAUCUGAAUAUUCUCGCUUGCAUGUAUGUUUGGUCAGUAGAUACAAAAACGUCACCCCCACAAAUAAAAAUUGUUAAUGUUUGUUCAGAAAUGUUUGCUUAAUGAAGCAAGGGAUGAUAUAUGAGUAAUGUCUUCUAACUUAACUAAACUGCAAAGUGUGAAAAUGCGCAAUUGUAGUGAAAUGUUGCAUUUGAGGGCAUGCAAUAAUUAGAAUAAAUUAUCAUGCUUUAUUGACACAUAACUUGUCUUAAAAAACUUUCUUAGAAACAAUAUAGUACCUAAUUAUAAAAUUUUGUACUAGCA